AAAUUAUUACUAGAAUGAAUUCUAUCUAUCUUGAUCCUUGAUCCGAUCCAUUUUAUGUCCAAAAUGGUAGCCCAACUAUGAAUGGAUCUUUUUAAAUCGGGUUCGCGAAGGAUCAGAGGAUAGCAAGAAUGAUUAUCUCAAAGGCGAACCGAAUAGCCAUAUACGAGUCGUUGUUUAAGGAUGGUGUCAUGGUAGCUAUAAAAGAUUUUAAUUUGGCUAAGCAUGGUGAUCAGGAGAAGGUCAGAAACCUAGAAGUUAUUAAAGCCAUGCAGUCACUUAAAUCUCGUGGAUAUGUCAGAGAGAACUUCGCAUGGAGACAUUAUUAUUGGUAUGUGACAAAUGAAGGCAUUCAAUAUUUGCGUGAUUUUCUUCACCUUCCACCAGAGAUUGUUCCUGCAACAUUGAAAAAGUCGACAAAACCAUCCGAUGCACCAAAACCAUGGGCCAAAGGUGGUGACCAGCGAAGCUCUGGACCACGUGGAGGAGAUUCUAGCCGUGACUCCUACAGACGUGAUGGAGGAGCAUCAGACAAAGCCGGAGCAGGGGCAGACUUCAACCCUGAAUUCCGUGCUGGCUAUGGUGGUCUGGGACGUGGUGCUCCAACUGGUGGGUUUGGUGCACCUCCCUCGUAAAUAUAUAAAACAUUUUCAAAUCAGAAAUAUAGUUGUGUUUGAUUUGUCCUACCUUAUUAAUAAAUGCAGUGGUAGAA